CGUGUCUGGACUUUUACUCCAAUAGCAAGCCGAGACUCCGUCGCCACAACUCUUCAAUGCCUGCGACACCUGUGUGGCAUACUGACAUACAUGGCUGACUUGAGAGACACGAUUUACUAACUCUGCCUAUGGAUGGGUCGGUCAGAUCUCCCAGUUCUGGCCCCAGGACGCCUUGACUGGCCGCGUAUGGUCGCCUACUUGUAUCAAUGUCCGCAGUCAUCCAUUCAACGUCGGACUUGAUCAAGCAGCGAGGAGCCGCGCGUUUCUACCCCGAAGUAGAACAGUGCCUUCUGAAGCAAGCCUUCGCACACCAUCUCACAGCUAACGCGGGACACGCGACUCUUUAUCCGAAUUCACACACCUGGUGGAUCUUGCGGGGUGUUGAAAGAUACGAACGUGUGGUAAUCGGGCGGCAAGUAGCGUCCAAUAUUGGACUUAUGAAGGGCGCAGGGACAUGUAUGCGGGUGGAUUGUGAGGGACGGGACGAGUUGUUUGAUGGCCUUUAGCAAAAUAAAGCGCUGCUUGGGGGGCGAGAUGUCCGAGCCACUAGCGUAGCCAG